CACCCAGGAGAGAGAGUCCCCCAUGCCAAUUCUCCCCCAUUCCGGGGAAAAGAGACCUACCUUAUAUCACUGCCCCCCUCCUUCCGGGGAGAGAGAUCCCCAUUUCACUGCAUGGUCUUCUGGCAACUGCCCCCGCUUCAGGGAUAGGACACCCCCACCCCCCGGUGUGUCAUUCUGUAUGGGUGGGUGCUGCUAGAGCUCUUCUGAUGUCACUGGCUCCCUGGAGACAGACAUCUCCAUGCCACUUCACCCCCAGAGACAUCAGCUCUGUUCCCAUGUCACUGCUCCCUCAAGAGCCACCCUCAGCACUGAGAAGCCUUCUGCUGUACCUCCUACAGCUCCCCUAUCCCUGACCCUCCAGGUGAGAGAAGAAGGGAGAGGCUUGGUGGAGAGCCAGACCUCUGAGGUAAAUUAAUCAGGGAGUUGAAUCCUGUGAGUCCCAGGCCCUGGCAGAUUUUGUUCUCUCACCCAGUGUUCAUCAUUAUGUGUUCCAGGAAAGAUCUUUCGUGUUGCAUCUCUCCAAGCAGUGUAGCACAACAGGCCUUAAUGGAGGUGACACUGUAGAACUGGGAACAGCGAGACAGGGCAUGAUGGGUCAAGAGCCUGCAGAAAAGGGGAGAGCUAGAAAUCAGGGCAUUGAUAAAGCAAUUUCACAUUUGACACAAAUUCAAGGAAGGGAGCAAGGCAUUUAGCUAGGUGAAGGGAAAAGUUUUAAGCUUACAUUUGAAGAAGAAACUUGAUUGGAUUGGCUCAGAGGGAGAAAGUGCCAGGUAAACAGGCAGCAAAAAUAAAAGCUUAAAACCUUCCCCCAGUUUCGGCGAAUGAAGCAGAAAGAGAGGAAGCCAAGAUUAGAGGAGUAGUAUGCGUUUAUAUGGGGAAUAAGGUGGAUGUGGACCCAGAGCAGAUUGAAGAGAGAGUCAGUCAAGCAUGCCAGACACCAAGAUGGCAGUUUUAUAUUGCAUUCAGAAAUGGAGAGGAAGCCAUGGCUGGUGAUUGAGAUGGGAGGAUGGAUAGGAAGGAACAGUUUAGGCAGAUAGUGAAGGGUGAUGUAUGACAGGGGGAAUAUUAAUAAAUAUAGUUAGUGAAGAUUUUUUCUUCCCUAGGUUCUCAACGAACAUUUCUGCAAAUCAUGGUUCCAUGGUCAAUGCCAUCAUAUCAAAAUGGAAAUCAGAACCAGGUGUCCUAUGUUAUUACAAUAGAAGAGAGGUCAUAUACCCUUCACCUGAAGCAACAAGUUUUUUUACCCAAUAAUUUCAGGGUGUAUACUUACAGCCAAGAGGGGUCUGUUCAUUCUAAUUUCCCACAUAUUAAGCGUGAUUGUUUCUACAAAGGCUAUAUUGCAGGUUUUCCAAAUUCAGUUGUGACACUCAGCACCUGUUCUGGACUUAGAGGGAUACUGCAGUUAAAGAAUGUCAGCUAUGGAAUUGAACCUUUGGACUCUACACCUGGAUUUCAGCAUCUAGUUUAUCAAAUAUGGAAUGAAAACAUAGAGAGUCUGCUUUUUGUAGAAAAUGAUUCUGUUAUAUGGAGUGAAGGGAUGACACGAAAGCUGGAUACAGGAAUAAAAGCAAAACAGAAUUUCCUCAGAUACUCCAGAUAUCUGGAAAUGCAUGUGAUUUUGGACAAGGCUCUGUAUGACUAUAUGGGUUCAGACAAGGAUGUCGUAACGGAGAAAAUAGUCCAGCUUAUUGGCUUUGUCAACAGUAUGUUUACCCCUCUUAAUAUGACAAUUGUACUGUCUUCAUUGGAAUUCUGGGCAGAUAGUAACAAAAUUCCUACAACAGGGGAAGCUGAUGAAUUAUUACGAAGGUUUUUACAGUGGAAAAAUAUCCAUCUUAUUCUACGGCCACAUGACAUAGCAUAUUUAUUUGUUUACAGGGACCAACCAAAUUAUGUAGGGGCAUCUUUUGCAGGAAAUCUGUGUCUGAGAAACUAUUCCGGAGGGGUUGCUCUGUAUCAAAGAACAAUAACACUGGAGACAUUUUCAGUCAUCAUUGCACAGCUGCUCGGGCUUAGUCUGGGAAUAGCAUAUGACGAUUCUAGGGACUGUCAGUGUUCAGGAUACACCUGCAUAAUGCAUACCAAAGCAGUACAUUCCAGUGGGACAAAGGCCUUUAGCAACUGCAGUAUAGGAGACUUUCAAAGUUUCAUUGCAAAUGGAGAAGGAGAAUGCCUUUUGAACAAACCGUAUUUGAAUGCAUCUUAUAGAGCUCCCGUCUGUGGCAACAAAAUAGUGGAGGAAGGAGAGGACUGUGACUGUGGCACAAAAAAGGAAUGUCUAUGGAAUCAGUGUUGCCGACACACCUGUAAAUUUAGACGAGACAUCAAAUGUAUCAGUGGAGAUUGUUGUUGGAAAUGUAGGUUUGUGCAAAAGGGUACAUUAUGUAGAAGCACUAGCGAAGAUGAUUGUGAUCUAAUAGAGUACUGCAAUGGUUCCUCUGCACACUGUACACCUGACUUCUGGGUCAUGGAUGGGCACCCAUGCAACCGUAAUACAGCCUAUUGUUUCAAAGGAGUGUGCCAAACUGCUGAUAAACAGUGUAAAAAACUCUUUGGUAAAGCUUCAAAAAGUGGCUCUCUCGCAUGUUAUGAAGAAAUUAAUGGUCAAAAGGAUAGGAUGGGACACUGCGGCUCCACUCAGGCGGGUUACCAGACUUGCGAAUGGAAGGAUCUCCAGUGUGGGAAGUUAAUUUGUCAAUAUCCGAGUAAUAGACCAUUCAUUAAGGAAAAGGCUGCUGUCAUUUAUGCUAGGGUGCAGAAUUCCUUAUGCAUAACUUUAGAUUAUAUGAAGGGGCCUCAAGUGAAGGAUCCAAUGUUGGUGAAGGAUGGUACUCUCUGUGGUAAGCAAAAGAUUUGUAUGAACCAGAAAUGUGUAGAUGCUGCUGUCCUGAAAUACAACUGUGAUGUAAAGAAAAAAUGCAAUGACCAUGGAGUGUGCAACAACAGAGGAAAUUGUCACUGUAGGUCUGGCUGGCUGCCACCAGAUUGCAAAAUUUCAUCAAAAGGAUAUGGAGGGAGUAUUGACAGUACUUUCAAAAGUGAUGCAAUCAUUGACAGACUUCACCGGAACACUUUGAAGAACUGGCUUCUGCUAAGUUUCUGUCUCUUUCUGCCUGUCCUUGUUUGUUCUAUCAUCAUGAUUAUAAAACGAAAUGAAUUGAAUAGAUGCUGCACUAAGGAAGAAUCACAAGUUGAUGAAUUAGAAGACAUGGAUCAGUCAGAAAAUCCAAGUGUAUAGCCAAUAACACCAGAAGGCUGGAAAUUAUAUAAGCAGUCAGUUUAAAGCAGAUGGCAAAGUACUUCCAGCAUGGAACCUCCGAAUGGACAGUGCAAUAUAUAACCAGCUUUUAAUUUGGAGUUGUUUUUUUAAUUAUUCAGGUUAACUAUUUCCAUCCCCCCAUAAAGAUUGAGUGGUUUUUUUUAAGAAAAAAAAAGUAAUAGUACUGUAAAGCAAAGACUGAACUUAAAUUUGUUGUAUAUGUACAUUUUCCUGUACAUAACCACUAAACAUAUUUAAUGAUUUAUAUCUAGUGUAAAUUCAUGCCAGUCAUAGGGCUUGAAAAUUGCACUUUCCCAUUUGCUAAGAUGAGUUAGAAGCUUUUGGGGGUGAGAGUUACUUCACUUUCUGCAGAAUUCAAGCUUUCAUUUGAGGGUCGGAUGUUUCUAGUCCUUAACAGUUCCAAAGACAGCCUGACAGAUAUAAUCAACAUAGUGCUGUCUGAGUCUGUCUCCAGACAGCCUGAAACAAUAGCUUGGUGUUAGAGGUUUGAACUCCCACAAUCAUCUCAAAGGGGUGUUCAAUUAACUGUUCUCUCAUAAACCACUGAAGGAGCAAACCCCACAAGGUGAGGAUUCGGAAGACACCACAAGCACUGGCCAGCAGAGCUGGCGAGCAUUUGAGGAGAGUAUGCUGCAUCCUCCUUAGGCAAUGUAGCAGUAGGAGUUCCCCGUGAGAACUCCAUUCUGCCUAACACAGGCUAGUGCCUAGAAGGCAUUUAUAAGCCCUUAGGAAUUCCUGUAGUUUAAAUAAUUUAGUUAAAAGAUAGUAAUUUGAUUUCUCAUAAAAAUUGCUCUAGACUUUAAUAGUUUUUUGACCUGACUUCAUUAUAUUUUUUCUGUGGGCUAUUGCAAUGAAAAUUGGGGAAUAUUUUCUCUUCCUGCACCUCAACUGUGAACUCUUAAUGGAUUCUCAAUUUGCCUAGGAAAUGUUUGUAACCUUUUAAUUUUAUUUUGGAGGAGUCUUCUCCUUAUGUAAUUCUGAAUUGGAUGUUAAUUAAUUACAAA